AUGAGAGAGCUCCAUUCUCAAGCAGCGCGCCACACUAAACUUGCUAAUGAAAGCAAGGAAGAUACCACAUUCACCAAAAGGGAGGUUGAUGAGCAGGUCAAACCAUCACCAGCAAAGUCCAAUUCUCUAGCGGCACCCAGGAGGGCUGAAAAAUAUUGUCUGCUGCGUAUCCAAGCAGCUGAAAUCCUUGACGUGAUUUUCGACCAUGUCACUGAAAAGUAUUUCAGCUUACCAGAUGUUACUCCAGCUUUCGAGAAAGAUUCGAAAGCUCUGCGUUAUGGGAUCCUGGAAGGGAGACUUAGGAGUGAACGACUCAGGGCCGAAAGGGAUAUAUAUAAGAGAAGAGUCUGGGAACGAGACCCAUUCGACUCUUUAACUCCUGAGCUUAUUCGGCAUAUUAAAAAAAUAUCCGGAUGA